UCUUCCCGCCCUUACGCGCAGCGUCAUUUCUGGUCGCCGGAGAGUGCGGGAGGAGGAACGGGCAGUGGAGGCGCUGGACUUAAGAAGAUGCUGCUCUAUGGAGUAAAUUCGAUUAGGGAUCGGUUCUCAGAAUCAAGGAGUUAGAAGUGAGAGCUCAGAUAAGUGAGUACUUAUCCAGUACUGCUUUGAACCACCUCAGAAGGGGAGAAUGGAUUUAUCAGGAAUGAAAAAGAAGAGCUUGCUAGGAGUCAAAGAAAAUAAUAAAAAGUCCAGCACUCGGGCUCCCUCUCCCACCAAACGUAAAGAUAGAACAGAUGACAAGUCAAAGGAUCGGUCUAAAGAUAAAGGGGCCACUAAAGAAUCAAGUGAAAAGGACCGUGGAAGAGACAAAGCUCGUAAGAGGCGCAGUGCCUCCAGUGGUAGCAGCACCUCCAGCAGGUCUCGAUCCAGUUCCACCUCCAGCUCUGGCUCUAGUACUAGCACUGGCUCUAGCAGUGGUUCCAGCUCUUCUUCUGCAUCUAGCCGGUCUGGAAGUUCUAGCACCUCCCGAAGUUCCAGUUCCAGCAGUUCCUCUGGAUCUCCAAGUCCCUCUAGAAGAAGGCAUGACAAUAGGAGGCGGUCCCGUUCCAAAUCAAAACCACCUAAAAGGGAUGAAAAAGAACGGAAGAGACGAAGUCCUUCACCCAAACCCACCAAAGUACAUAUUGGAAGGCUUACUAGAAAUGUGACGAAGGAUCACAUCAUGGAAAUAUUUUCCACUUAUGGGAAAAUUAAAAUGAUUGAUAUGCCUGUAGAAAGAAUGCAUCCUCAUUUAUCUAAAGGCUAUGCAUAUGUGGAGUUUGAAAAUCCAGAUGAAGCUGAGAAGGCAUUGAAGCACAUGGAUGGAGGACAAAUUGAUGGUCAGGAGAUAACAGCCACUGCAGUACUGGCCCCCUGGCCCAGGCCCCCACCCAGACGAUUUAGCCCACCCAGAAGGAUGUUGCCACCACCCCCAAUGUGGCGUAGAUCACCGCCACGAAUGAGGAGAAGGUCCCGAUCUCCUAGGCGCAGAUCUCCUGUCCGCCGACGAUCACGCUCCCCAGGCCGCCGGCGCCACCGCAGCCGCUCUAGCUCCAAUUCUUCCCGAUAAAGCAGGGCAGCUAUUCUCACUUGUAACUUAAAUUUGAUUCAAUACAAACAAUAUUGGAGCAUUUGUACUGAGGGUAGGGGAGAGAAAAAAUGGGAACCAAGGACUGACUAGCAAAGGUUUAAUGCAUUGGAUGUCUCCCUGUCCUUGAAAGCUUCUAGACAACAAAUUUAAUUCAUUUCUCAGGCUGAUUUUGGCUCACAGGAAUAUUGAAGAUUCAGAUCUAAAUACUUUUUUUCUGGCCCAAACAGAAAGCUCAGCUGUUAACUUCUGAGAAAAUCAGGAAAACAGCAGAGCCAGAUCAAGCAAAGAAAAGAUCAAGAUGCUCAAGCCCUGUCCACCCCAAAGUGGCAGUGUUGUGUGUGUGUGUGUUUUUCCCCCCUUCUCCCUAAGUAAAUUUUUGACAAAUAUGAAGACUUGAUGCUUGCUUUUUGGCCAGGCUGAUUUCCACUUUAUCUCCUGCUAAAGCAAGACCAACAGUCAGUCUGCUGCUUUGAAUUUUUUUUUCUCCUGAUUUUGAAGUCCAGAAGACCCUGGGAAAAAUAGAUUUUUUCAUUUUACUCCUUACUCAUUGCUGUAAGUGGUUCUUUACACACACCAGUGACCACCUCUCUCAAAAAUUGGUAAACAGAUUAUAGGCCAGCCCUUGGGUGCUGCCUCAUCAAGGAGCCAGCCCUUUGAGGCUGUGGCCUCUUGAAAAACUAGCAGGUUAAUUUUGCAAAAUGUAAAUUGCAUUCUUGGCUUUUAUUGUACAGUCGAUACUAGAAAAUUUCUGUGUUGAGUUUUGUAUCUUUGUAGUAUUUUAGAUAAUGUUGUGUUUGUACUUUUGUUGUGUAGAAUGGAAGAAAAUCGUAUUGAAUAAACCUCAAGGGUUGAAAUAUGA